UUACAGAACCCGUGUUUUUAUCAAUAAUGAUAAGCUUAAUAGAAAAAUGGUUGUAAUGUUAUAAAAAUUGUGCUUUUAAAUAGGAAAGAAUUAUAAUCGUGUGCAAAUCAAACUCAUUGAUUCAGAGGAAAAAUAGUUUUCCAUAAAAGUGCAGUGCUACACACACAAAUAUAUGUAUGUACAUACAUACAUACAUCAUUGACAUAGAAAAAUCGACCAAACCCUUCUGAAAUAAUGAAUCCCAAAUCCGAUCAUGAAACAGAAAAAGAAAAAAAGUUGACCAUUACUAAUACGUUUGGAGACUCUCUGGAGAACUAUGAGCUACAUACCGAUGGUGAACGUGGGACCCAUGCUUACCCAAAAAGGAAUCAAAAUAAAAGAAAUGGAAUAUUAAAAAAUACCGACUCUCAUCACAGUGCUGUGGACAGUGCUCAUCAGGAGAAUGUGGACCUAGCAGAUAUUCUUGGCCAGAAUUGGCCUAAGCAUGCAGGUCCUGCAGCUAUGAUCCUGAACAAGCCAAGAAUUGCUGCCGAAUCAAGUAUUGGUGAUGAUAUAAAGGCCUAUAAGGAAGUUGUAAAACCGGCGUCCCCCAUUUCCACAAAAAUUGGCACAGACGAGCCACCUCAACGUUUUACUGUUAACGAUUACCAAUCCCUGGUUGAAAUUCCUGGCACUGAUCUGGCCAUCGGAUCCCUUGUAGAAGUGUCCAAUUCCGUAGUAAGUGAGGAUCUAUAUGGCGUCAUAAGAUGGAUCGGUUUCCCACCUGGGCCAUCUAAAAGUUUACUGGUUGGAAUUGAGCUUGAGGACGAAUCAAAUCUAAAGAGCAUGAUAACUUCAGAUGGAAGACACAAUGGUGUUCGCCUAUUUACGUGCCCCGAGGGUCGAGCUGUAUUUGUGCCAGCAAACAGGUGCACAGCCGACCGCCGAUUUGCUGAUGUGGAUACCAGUAACACGGUGAACAAAGUUUCUAAUAACCAAGCAAAAAAGUUUGGCGUCGCGGACUGCCCAGCUGUUUAUGGUUCAGUUCCACCCUUGGAAAUACAUAACUCUGAGGAGCUGGCGAGUAUUUGUGGAAAAUUCAAAGGAAUUCAGGGGCAUCAUAAUUCAUGCUACCUUGAUGCAACCUUGUUUUCAAUGUUUACCUUCACUAGUGUUUUUGAUUCAAUUUUGUAUAGACAUCCGGGACCACAGGACAUACGAAACUACAGUGAGGUUCAGAAAGUGCUGCGCGAUGAAAUCGUCAAUCCGCUGCGAAAAAAUGUCUUUGUCCGAUCAGAUCGCGUCAUGAAACUUCGUGAGCUCCUCGAUCAGCUUAGCUCCGUCAGCGGCCUUACCUGCGAAGAGAAAGAUCCCGAGGAGUUUCUUAAUAGUUUACUGUCACAAAUUAUGAAAGUUGAACCAUUUCUAAAGCUAAGUUCUGGACAAGAUUCAUAUUUCUAUCAACUCUUUGUGGAAAAGGAUGAAAAGUUAACGUUUCCGAGUGUUCAGCAACUUUUUGAGCAAAGUUUUCACUCAUCGGACAUUAAACUUAAGGAGGUUCCCUCUUGUUUUAUUAUUCAGAUGCCUCGUUUUGGAAAAAAUUACAAGAUGUAUCCCAGAAUUCUGCCUUCACAAGUUCUGGAUGUCACAGAUAUAAUCGAAAACUCUCCUCGGCAAUGCUCUAUUUGUGGUAAACUAGCAGAGUUCGAAUGUCGUGAGUGCUUUGGCAAUUUACAAGCUGGUUCUGGACUGGAAAGUACCUCUUUUUGUCCCCAAUGCCUUCAAUUAAUUCACUCGCACGUUAAAAGAAAUAACCAUGUUUCGAAAAAGAUCUCCGUACCGAAGGAUUACAGAAAGAGGGCUGAGCAUAUGGAUGCUCCACGACUUUAUAUGGAACUAUUCGCCGUUGUUUGCAUUGAGACAUCCCACUAUGUGGCGUUUGUAAAGGCCGGUUCAGGACUUGAUGCACCUUGGUGCUUUUUUGAUUCUAUGGCCGAUAGAAAAGGUGAACAGAAUGGAUACAAUAUACCUGAAAUAACUUGCGUUCCCGAAUUGACACAAUGGCUCUCGGAAGAAGGCGCGCGAUCUAUAAAUGAAACUUCAACGAACGACAAAGUAUUACCUGAACACGCUAAGCGUAUUUUUUGCGAUGCCUAUAUGUGUCUGUACCAAAGCACAGAUAUAAUGAUGUACCAUUAGAAAUAUUUUAUGUAUAAUGAAUGCGGGUACAAUAAACCUUUUUGUAGCAAACUUAAA